AUGAGAGAAAGGAAAUCGGUGAAAUUUAAUCUUCAACAGCAGCAGCAGCAGGAGGAUCAGAACGGCCAUUUAUCCCCGUUUAAGUUGACGAAAUUAUUCGAUCCAGAUGCUUCCUGGGACAAGGAUCAACUGGGGGAUGUAUUACAUUGGAUUAGACAAGCAUUGGCCCUUGUAUGUGGACUGCUAUGGGGUGCCAUUCCAUUAGUUGGGGGCAUUUGGUUUCUCCUGUUUGUGGUUUUAUCCACUGGGAUUAUAUACGGUUAUUAUGCGCUUAUACUAAAAGUCGACGAAGAAGAUUUUGGUGGACAUGGAGCUCUACUUCAGGAGGGGCUCUUUGCUUCAGUAUCACUCUUUCUGCUUGCGUGGAUCCUAGUAUAUAGUUUGGCACAUUUCUGA